AUGUUGUCCGCUAGACAGAUCCUCGUAUCAGCAACCAUCAUCGGCUAUGACUCCGGGUACCUCAAUGGCGUGCUCGGCUCCCAAGACUUCAUCCAGAUCUACGGCAUCAGAGACGGCGACACGGGGAGUAUGUACUUGACGCCUUACACCCGCAGCACGUUCUCUGCAUUGUUUGUCGUCGGAGCUCUCGUGGGGUGUCAGCUUGUUCCUCUGCUCACGAGCACGGUCGGCCGUCGAGGCAACUUAUACGCGGCGUCUUGCACUUACGCCGUUGGCGUGGCUCUCCAGACUGCAGGCCUUGCUCCGGCUGUCUUCAUCGUGGGCCGCGUCUUGCUCGGCGUCGCUCUCGGUCUCAUCUCCGUUACGGUCUGGCCCCUUCACCCCUCCCAUGUUUAUACUGAGCCACUGAACGAUGUGCACCAGGUCCCGGCCUACCUUAUGGAAUGCUCGACUCCGACAAAUAGAGGCCAGCUGAUGGCGCGGUACUCGCAGUUCCUCACCACAGGCAACGUUCUGGCGUGCGCGAUCAGCCUUGGUACCUCAAAGUACGCCGACUCUCGAAGCUGGCGCAUCACGAUCGCGUUCCAGCUAGUCUUAGCAUUGACCGCGUUCGUCGGCGUCAUGUUUUGUCCCGAGUCACCACUACUGCUGGCGAGGAAGAACAAGACCACCGAAGUGCGGCGCGCCCUCGCCAUCCUUCGCAAUGCAGACACGAACUCAUCGGAAGUUGACGAGGCUAUGCUUGAAAUCGAAACCCACAUCGCAGAUCAGCACGUCAACGGAAGCGCUCGAUUCGUUGAGUGUUUCCAAGGGACAGACCUAAGACGGACCCUCAUUGGUGUGGUUAUGUCAUUCUUCACCAUCUCUACUGGCAUCACCUUCUGGUUCGGCUACGGGACGACCUUCUUUGCGGCCGCAGGCGUGGACAACUCGUACCUGAUAUCCCUUAUUCUCGCCAUCACCAACGGCGUUUUCACGGCGCCGUCCAUGUAUCUCAUCGAACGCCUGGGAAGACGAAAGUCUCUGAUCGGGGGCGGUGUUCUCAUGGGUCUCGCCCAACUACUGACCGCCAUCAUUCACAGCGCUGCUCCGGACAGCAAGGCGGAUAAGACGAUGCUUGUUGUUGGCGCGGUGUUUUUCAUCGCAUCGUAUGCGCCGACUUGGGGGAUUGGGGGUUGGCUACUAAUGGCAGAGCCCUUUUCAGACCGCGCGAGAAACUACCAAUCGUCCAUCGUUCUAACGGCAUACUGGAUCAUCACAUGGCUCGUUGGCUUCGUCACGCCGUACAUGGUUGACGAGACUGCUGGAGACCUCGGGGUCAAGGUCUCUUACAUCUGGUUCGGCAUGACCGUGGUGUCCCUUGUGUGGGCCUACACCUGCGUUCCGGAGCUUGCGGGGCUUUCAAGAUUGGAGGUUGACAAGCUAUUCGAGGAGAGAGUCCCUGCGUGGCGUUCAAGGGAGUGGCAGAGGCAGCUUCGAACUAUUCAAGCUGUUGAAGCUGAUUCGGACAAGAUUCCCACCAUUGAGGAAAAGGUGCCACGCAAGGUGUGA